AUGGACAGCCAACUUUUCCAGUCCAGGAUAUCGCAGCUCUCCAUGGACUCGGGGGCUCUCAAGGAGACCUUUGAGGCGGGGAACCUGCCAGCGGUGGCCGCCAAGCUGCAGGCCACACUCCACGCGCUGGACAGCGUCAAGCUGGACAUCGGCGUCACCGGGAGAACAGGCUCGGGCAAGUCCACCUUUGUCAACGCCAUCCGGGGGCUGGGAGACGAGGACCCCAACUCGGCCGGCACGGGCGUGGUGGAAAUGACGGUGGAGCCCACGCCAUACCCGCACCCCAAGUUCCGCAACAUCAACAUCUGGGACCUGCCGGGCAUCGACACGCCCACCUUCCAGGCCGACGAGUACCUGCAGCGGGUGCUGGCGGACCGCUACGACUUCUUCGUCAUCAUCACCUCGGACCUCUUCACGGCCGGCCACGGCCAGCUGGCCCGCGGGCUCCUGCAGCGGGGCAAGGCCUUCCACCUCGUCCGCUCCAAGGUGGACGUGGACGUGGCGGCCUCGUCCCGCCGCCGCCCCAGGACCUUCUCCGAGGCGAGGGUGCUCAGCCAGAUCCGGGAGGACUGCUGGCAGCGGCUGAAAGCGGAGGGCCUGAACAGCCCCAAGAUCUUCCUGCUGUCCAUGUUUGAGCUGGCCAAGUACGACUUCUGCCUGCUGGAGGAAUCGUUGGUGGAGGGAGUGGAGAGCCACAAGCAGCAUGCACUCGUGGUGGCCCUGCCCGCCAUCUGCAAGGCCAUCCUGGAGAAGAAGGAGGCCUCGCUGCGGAAGCACGUCUGGCUGGUGGCCGCGGUGGCCUGUGGCAUCAACCCGAGUCCUGUGCCCGGAGUACAGGACGUGGCGUGUGACCUCGACCGGCUCACGCACGCCCUGGAAGGCUACCACCACAGCUUUGGCCUGGACGAGGACUCCCUCGUGAAGCUGGCCGAGCAGACGGGCCAGCCCCUGCACCGAUUCCUGGAGGCAAUACAGGGCCCGAGGGCCACGGUCACCAGGGAGCUGGUGGUGGACCUGCUCGGCCAGGCCUCCAGGGACGCCUCCAUGUUCACCCAGGAGCUCCUCCAUGUGCCCAUCCUGGGCGCCCUGGCAACCUGCGGCAUCUCCUUUGCCACCGUCUACCAGAUGCUCCGCAUGUCCCUGGAUGCGGCGGCCGAGGAUGCCCACACGCUGAUCAAGAUCUUCCAAAACUCCAGUGAGCACAGGCUCUCAGAGAACAGCAACCAAUAA